GCCCUCCGGAUGGAGUCUCACAGAACGGCUUUCCUCUCUGCCCCACCUGCAGACUUCCGGCCGACUGCCCCUCCGCCGCCCCGCCUCAGGAGGGCGUGGGGAUGCUGGCCUCCACCAAUCAUUGAGCGCGUGUGGGGGGAGUGGGUGGGACCAGAGAGAUUCGAAAGGAGCCCCGCCCCCUCGGAGCUGAUUCCCGGGACUAGGUUGUGGAAGGAAAGCACCUUCCACGCUCAGGUGUCUAAGCUGACUCUUUCCUGCUGUCUGGAACAUGGAAGAUUUAGAAGAAGUCGAGAGGAAGAAGAUGUAGCAGUGUUGGUGACUCCGGAGAAACCCCUCCGACGAGGCCUCUCCCAUCGAAGUGACCCAAAUGCAGUGGCCCCCACACCCCCGGGUCUGAGGCUCAGCUUAGGUCCCCUCAGUCCAGAGAAGCUGGAAGAAAUCCUCCAUGAAGCCAACCGGCUGGCAGCUCAGCUGGAGCAGUGUGCCCUGCAGGAGCGGGAGAACACAGGCGAGGGCUCAGGGCCUCGAAGGGUGAAGCCCAGCCCUCGGCGGGAGACCUUUGUGCUCAAGGACAGUCCUGUCCGAGACCUGCUGCCCACCGUGAGCUCUUUGGCUCGGAGCACCCCCUCUCCAAGCAGCCUGACACCCCGACUCCGGAGCAGCGAUAGGAAGGGGUCCGUCAGGGCUCUUCGAGCAACAUCUGGAAAGAAGCCCUCCAGCGUGAAGAGGGAGUCGCCCACGUGCAAUCUGUUCCCUGCCUCCAAAAGCCCAGCGUCUUCCCCUCUUGCCCGAUCAACUCCUCCGGUCCGGGCAAAAGCCGGGCCCAGUGGGAGAGCGACAGCAAGUCCACCUACCCCCGUCAGACCAGUCUUGGCCCCACAGCCUCCUGCCAGCAACUCUCAGCGCCUGUCUCGGCCCCAGGGAGCAGCUGCUAAACCUUCCAGUCGACUGCCUGUUCCCUCGGCCGUUCCCAGGCCUGGCAACAGGAUGCCACUCGCCAGCCGGAGUGUCCCAUCCAGCAAAGGCGCCCCUCCUUCAGAUUCCCUGCCAGCUCGGAAAGGACUUCCAAGACCAAGUGCAGCAGGGCACAGAGUUCCUGUUUCUCAACGACCAAAUCUUCCCAUCUCUGGUGCUGGUCGCAGCAAUCUGCAGCCUCCCAGGAAAGUUGCUGUCCCAGGACCUACCAGGUAAAGAGAUCAGGACCGCAAGCAAGAAUUCAGUAGCAAACCACUACAGCCACUGCCUGGAGUCACCUCUGUUUGGUUUCCCAAGCCUUCUCCUUGGAGGCAGGCCUGCUUCUAGCAGAUCUGGCCCAGGGAUAGAAGAAAGAGCUGCCACCCCAGCUGGUGCUUCAGGACUAGAGACUGUGGGAGAUGGGGUGGAUUAGGGUUGAGCUGGAGGGGAAUCAAACUCUGAGUUGAAACUAGAUAGGGAAAAGAGUUUGCCUCCCAGUGGUGAAGUUCACACAGAGAAAAUAAGAAAUGCUGGAGAGUGUUUGUCCUCAUUCACCCCCACUCUUGUAUCCUGGUCCAAAGUUUGAUUUUCUUCCCGGGCUUCGGUUCACUGGGCAUUUACAUGUGAAUGGCCUCUGUGGCCAACCUCCCUACUCUCUGAGGAGCAGGCCUCCAGAAUCACAUCCUCUCCUGGACUCAGGCCUGUUUGGAGAGGCAGAGGCAGGCAUCUGGUCUCCAGAACUUGUUUCCUGUGGAUUCUGUGACCCCUAAUGGGCCAGUUUAUAAUAAGCUUACUCCAUCGGUCUGCAUUUUUUCUAAAAUAAAAUGCGUAUAUUUUUA